ACACAACCACUAUAAAUCUCAAUUUCUGAUCGAUCGGGUAGUUCAAUCAGGGUUUCAGAUAAUAUAAUCAAGAAACUGAGAUGGACGACAGCUGUGCAGUUUGUGCUGACAAUUUGGAAUGGGUUGCCUACGGCGUCUGUGGUCACCGGGACGUGUGUUCCACGUGUGUUGCUCGUCUCCGCUUCACCUGCAACGAUCGCCGCUGCUGCAUCUGCAAGACCGAGUCACACGUCAUCUUUGUCACUAAGGCUUUAGGGGAUUACACGAGGAUGAUCAAUGAUUUUUCAGUACUGCCAACUGAAGUAAGGGAAGGCUGGAUUCGUUCAUAUUGGUACCAUGAGGAUACACAAGCGUUUUUUGAUGAUGUUGAUCACUACAGGAUGAUCAAGGCAAUGUGCAGGCUUUCUUGUAUUGUAUGUGACAAAUUGGAAGAGCAGGCCAAUGAUGGAGUGAAGAGGCGGGGAAAAUUUAGGAACAUUGAACAAUUGAAAGCUCAUUUGUUUCAUCAACACAGAUUGGUUAUGUGCAACCUGUGUUUGGAAGGACGGAAGGUGUUUAUUUGUGAACAAAAGCUAUAUACAAGGGCGCAGUUAAACCAACAUAUAAACACGGGUGACUCAGAGGUGGAUGGAACUGAGAGUGAGAGAGGUGGCUUCAUGGGGCAUCCGAUAUGUGAAUUCUGCAAGACCCCAUUCUAUGGGGACAACGAGUUAUACUCACACAUGUCCACAGAGCACUAUACAUGUCAUAUAUGCCAAAGACAGCAUCCAGGACAUUAUGAAUAUUACAAGAACUAUGAUGACCUUGAGAUUCAUUUUCGCCAAGAUCAUUACUUAUGCGAGGAUGAGGCUUGCCUAGCCAAAAAAUUUAUCGUCUUUCAGUCGGAAGCUGAACUAAAGCGGCAUAAUACCAUUGAACAUGGAGGUCGCAUGUCUCGUGCACAGCGUACUGCUGCUUUGCAAAUACCAACAAGCUUUCGAUUUCGUCGAAGAAAUGAUGAUUACCGUCGUAGAAGGGAGCGAAUGUCUCGGCAUGAGCCACCUGAUGAUGACUAUCAACUUUCCAUGACCAUCGAGGCAAGUUUGGAGACAGCCAAUAACCCACUAGCAUCAUCUACUACGCAGAUGGUCUCUGAUCAUGGAGACAUAAAUGAUAUUGAUUCCCUUGUUCAGCCUUUUGAAUUAUUAUCUGCAACAGAUUCUGAAUCAUCUUCUAGAUACCUUCAAGCAUUGGGGAGAGGCUCUAGAGGUGUACCUUUGCAUGAAACUUAUUUUCCUCCUCUCUCAACUCCUUCCAGCAACAGUAAACAAAUUCCUAAACAAAGACCUGAUGGCUUGCCUGUUAAUACCAUGGCAGCACAUCUUCAGCGCCAGAAGAAUGGGAAUACAAAUGUUUUGAGUUCUGCCCAAGAAUGGCUGGCAACAAGUCAGGUCAGACCAGAAACAAAUGUUGCAGCUACAACCUCACUUGGAAAUAGUAAUGGAUUUCCGCAGUUGAGUUAUGGAAGUUCAAGUCAUGUGCAUAUUCAGGUUCAGUCUCAUCCCACAACAGCAGAUAUAUUAAAAGCAUCUGGUUCUCGAAUGAGUGCUGCAAACACAAGUAGGAUCAACCACUCAUCAGCUCCAAAUCUUACUGAUGGUGGAUUUUCAGAACCCUCCCUUUCUGAUUUUCCUCCUGUUUCUGCUGCACAAAGGCAUAAGCAGUCCUCAAGCAGCCAGGUGGCGAUGCACAAGGUAAAUGUUCAUUCAUCCAAUAAAUCUUUGGUGGAAAAGAUGCAAGCUGCGCUUGAAAAUGAUGAAGAAAAAUACACUGCUUUCAAAGAAAUAUCCGGGUGGUAUCGUCAGGGCUUAAUAGGCACAAGCAGAUAUUUGGAUUGUGUUCAACAGUAUGGUUUGUCACAUCUAGUUCUUGACCUGGCUAUACUUUGCCCUGAUUCUCAGAAGCAAAAUGAGCUAACUGAGACCUAUAAUGCUAGUUUGCAAAGCAACGGUCUGCACGUGAAUGGUGAGGCCCAAGGCCGAGGCUGGUUUAAGGAUAAUAAUGCAUCUAAGAAAUGGAAAGGGAAGUCUCUGGAUACCACAGGCAGAAAUUCGAAGGAUACAGUGGCCGAUUGUAAUAAAAGAAGUGUCAGCAAAUUGAAGUCAAGUUAUAAGCCUUAUGAGGAAGGUGUGAAAAUUUUAUCAAAGGAUGAUUACCGCCCUGCUAAAGGAAAUUCAAGGUUAAGUUUUAAUGAACAGCAUGUUGAAUUGAAUUCUACCAAUAAACCCUCUAUAAAAAUUGGGGGUCAAAAUGACUCAUCAUCUGCUAAAGCUGGACCAGGGGAUGGGGUUGGAAGCAGCAAGCAACGAAAGAAAACUUCAAAAUUUCACAGAUUACGGCUUAGUGAUGGUUCAAUGGCAGCUCUAUUGGAUCCAAAAGAUUCUGAGACAGACCCUGAACCUGAGGCACUAGAUAACAAGCCUGACAGCAGCCAAAGCUCCAGUAGAGCAUUUAAUGUACGGGGUGUUUGGAAGAAGGGAGGAAGUAAGAAACUAUUUUCCUAAGAGAUACAUCCAAAGGGGGGGGACAACUUUUCUUGGGAAACGGCCCAAGUUUUUUUGAAAGUGAUCGAGUUUUCAGCGCCAGAAGAAU